AUGGUCGACAACGGAAGUGAAAUCAUGCAGGCGAGAGCCCCACUGUUCCCUAACAAACCGUUUCUAGUAGUUUGGAAUGCACCUACUGAGCAGUGUCGGCGGCGCUACAAGGUCGAUUUGGACCUCAACGUUUUCGACAUCCUGACAAACCCAAACGAGACCUUGAGCGGCUCCAGUGUGACAAUAUUCUAUCACACUCAUCUCGGGUACUAUCCCCAUGUAGAAGACAAUGGCGAAUCCAUCAAUGGCGGGGUGCCGCAGAACGAGAGCCUCAUCAAACAUCUCAUCAAAGCCAAGGCUGACAUUGAGCAUUCCAUCGCCAUGAAGAAAUUCCAAGGACUCGGGGUCAUCGACUGGGAAAACUGGAGACCCCAGUGGGAUAGAAACUGGGGCCAUAAAGCCAUUUACAGAAAUAAGUCUCUUGAACUUGUCAGAAAGCAGCAUCCUCAGUGGCCUGAGAACAAGAUCAAGAAAGUUGCGAAGGAAGAUUUUGAAAAUGCAGGGAGGGGUUUUAUGAACAGCACCCUUUUCCUAGCUGAAGAUAUGAGGCCAAAUGGGCUCUGGGGUUACUAUCUCUACCCAGACUGCUACAAUUAUGAUUACAAGAACCACCCAGACAAGUACACAGGCAAAUGUCCAGACAUUGAAUCGUUCCGGAAUGAUAAUCUGCUUUGGCUGUGGAAAGAAAGCACUGCCCUUUACCCUUCCAUAUACCUGGAAUACAUGCUGAAGUGUAGCCCAAACGCUUUGAAAUUUGUACACCAUCGGGUUAAAGAAGCAAUACGCAUUGCUUCGAUCGCUCGGAAGGACUAUGCUUUGCCUGUUUUUGUGUAUGCUAGGCCAUAUUAUGCCUAUACAUUCCAUGAGUUGACAGAGGUAAGGAUGCCGGUAUCUAAUAAGCUCCCAGAUCCACCAACACGUGUUACCCUUUCUGAUAUUCUUGCAUAUUGACGGGAUUGUACAGAGGUGAAAACCAUAAUGUUAGAGAAAGGGACUUAUGGAAGAUCGCAGGACAGCUUUUGCUAGUAAUCUGUACUUUGAAACCAGGACUCCCUGCUAUGGAAGGUGGAUUGCAGACUUCUCUUAAAUCUGAGGGUACACUAGUGAUGCCAAACAUUCACAUGAGCAGCAAUAUGCAUAAAAGAGACUGCAAAGGUGGUAUGGGAACCAGGGCCUAGCAGUUAAAGGUCCUCAAAGAUGUUUCUUUAUGGCAGGGAUAGGGAACCUGUAGCUCUCCCAGACAUACAACUCCCAUCAUUCCUUUUUUUAAAAAAUAUUUAUUAAUUUUUCAGGUAUACAUUUCCCACAAUUAAAUAUACAGCAAUACAUUGAAUGACUUCCCUUCUUCUCCUUCCAUGGUUCCUUAGACUUCCAAAAUUAACUGCAUAUUCUGUUUCCUCCAUCUAGUUUCCCCCUUUCCAUUAUAUCUUAAUCUACAUUAUACUGUUGAAUUUACAAUUUUCACUUGCUUACAGUUGUUUUCCAAAUACUCCACAAAUAUUCUCCAUUCCUCUUUAUACACCCAUUCUUAUUGUUCUCUUACCUUGCUGGUUAGGUCUGCUAGCUCUGCACAUUCCAUCAUUUUCAGUUGUUCCUCCUUCUCUGGACCUUUUCCCACCUUCCAUUUCUGAGCUAACAUAAUCCAAGCUGCUGUCGUUGCAUACAGAAAUAGCUUUUUCUGCCCCCUGUCUGUACCAUACCCAAAAGAAAUGCCUCUAGGCUUUUUGGGGGGGAUGUUCUUUUAAACAAUUUUUUCAUUUCAUUAUAAAUCAUUUCCCAAUACAGUCAUACCUUGGUUUUCAAACAGCUUAGUCCUUGAACGUUUCGGCUCCAGAACGCCACAAUAGUUCGGUUUGCAAACUAUUUUUGGAAGCCGAAUGUCCGACGGGGCUUCUGAUUGGUUGCAGGAGCUUCCUGCAGCCAAUCAGAAGCCACGCUUUGGUUUCUGAAUAUUUUUGGACGUCGAAAGGACUUCUGGAACAGAUUUCGUUCGACUUUCAAGGUACGACUGUAGUCCUUAACUGUUCUGCACGACCAGCACAUAUGAUGAAAUGCUCCUUCUGCUUCUUUACAUUCCCAACAGAUACCUGCAACUCCCAUCAUUCCGGACCAUUGGCCACAUGGACUGGACUUGAUGGGAACUGGAGUCCAACAACAUAUAAGUUUCCCAUCCUAAUUUUAGGGAAAUGCAUGUUAAGCCUAUCCCCAAGGCUUCAUUGAGAGGGGAGUGGGACUCACCUGUCAAAGCACUCGCUGGUGACCAUGCCUCAAAGUUUCUGCAUUUAGCAUCUGUGAGGAUGGGGUUUUAUGUGGGUACAUCUUCAUGCUGUUGGGAAUCCUGACUGAACCUGGGUUCUUGACGGUACGUGUAACGUCAGGGAACUGUGGCUGGCAGGCAUGUUAAUCCCAUUCCUCUCAAAAAUUCACUAAAGUUACCUGUGCCCCAUUGGAAGGUGCUUAUGUAUAUACCUCAGCUUGACUGGCAAACGGUUAAAUGUCUCAUGUAAAAGCACUGAUCUAAAAUACAGUGGAACCUCAGGUUAUGAACUUAAUUCGUUCUGGAGGUCCAUUCUUAAUCCGAACCAUUCUUAACCUGAGGCGCACUUUCACUAGCGGGGGCCUCCCACUGCCACCGCACCGCCGGCAUGCAAUUUCCGUUCUCGUCCUGGGGCAAAGUUUGCAAGCUAAGGUACUACUUCCGGGUUAGCAGAGUUUGUAACCCGAAGUGUUUGUAACCCAAAACGUUUGUUACCACUGUAACCAGAAUAAUUACGCAGUGAUAGAUUGAACUAUUUUUAUACAAUCAUGUGCAUUCUUUGUAAAGUAAUGUAUAGCGCUGCAUUUUCGCAGUCCACUCUAUUUUCUGUGUUGGCCGGUGUGAGGAAAAAUACAGGGCUGGCAACAAACAGAGGCUGGUGUGAGGUGUAUGAGAAUGUGAGGGGAGAACGGUGUGUGAUUUCUAUCACCUCAGUGAGAACAAGGCCUCAGAAGCUGCAUCCAGUUAAAUGCAGUGUAUAAUACAUCAGCUUUAUUUGCUCUCUGGGGUCAAAGAAACAUCACAGGUUGACUGUGGUCACCUGCUGAAUUACAAAGGCCAGAGUGAAAUUGCCAGAAGCAGUUAAAAUGACAAGACCAGAUAAAACAAACAAACAGAAAAGCACACCACUGAUUCAGCUAGUACUGAAACUCAGCAGUAAUUAGUAAUCAGCACCAUAAAAUACAAUACAACAUAAAAAUAGCUCAUUAACCAAUGCAGAAAGAAAAUAUUCAUCAUAAAUGUGCACGUAAGGACGAUUGAAAGCAAAGAAUUAAAAACAUAUUUUUAUUAAAAUGUUUCCAGGCUGUGUCGCAUCUUGGGGAGUGCACAACAGUUAAUGAAAUAAAAAAUACUAAAACCAUAAAAAGUCUAAAAUCAAAUAUACAAUGAUUGCAAACAGUACCGAUCUCAUCCCUCCACAGAUGCUCGACAGAACAGAAACAUUUUCAUGCGGGAAUGAAAAUUUGGAAAAACAAGCUUUCCCCUUCUCAGCAGUUUUUUUUUAAAAAAGAACUGGCAAUAUAUAUUUCCAUUUUCACUCAGAACCUGCAGAACAUGUAGUUUCCAGACCAUCUUCAAGAGCAGCCUUAUGUAAAGCACGUUACAGUUGUACCUUGCUUUUCGAAAGCCUAGCGACUUGAACAUUUUGGCUUCCAAAUGUGAGUGUUCCGGGUUGCAAACGUUUUUCGGAAACCGAAUGUCCGACGCAGCUGCUGCGGCUUCUGAUUGAGUGCAGGAAGCUCCGGAAGCCAAUCGGAAGCCACACCUUGGUUUUCGAACAUUUUUGGAAGUUGAGCGGACUUCUGGAACGGAUUCCGUUCGAGAACCAAGGUACGACAAUUCUAGGAAGUAAAGAAGUUACUACUACUACUACUACUACUACUAAUUUUUAUUUAUACCCCGCCCUCCCCAGCCAAGGCUGGGCUCAGGGCGGCUAACAAGCAAUAAUAAAAACAAGUUGAAUGAAUACAACUUAAAAACAAGAUUAAAAUACAACAUUAAAAUAUUGAAACUUUAAAAUAUUAACAUGCAGCCUCAUCACAGGAGGAGAAAGGAAAAAGAAAAAAGAAAGAGGGGGAGGGAAUCAAAUUGGCUCCAAACCAAAGGCCAGGCGGAACAACUCUGUCUUACAGGCCCUGCGGAAAGAAAUCAGAUCCUGCAGGGCCCUGGUCUCAUGAGGCAGAGUGUUCCACCAGGUCGGAGCCAGUGUUGAAAAGGCCCUGGCUCUGGUUGAAGCCAAUCUAACUUCCUUAGGGCCCAGGACCACUAGGGUGUUGCUAUUUAUGGACCUUGAGGCUCUCCGUGGGGCAUACCGGGAGAGGCGGUCCCGUAGGUACAAGGGUCCUAGGCCAUGAAGGGCUUUAAAGGUCAAAAACAGCACCUUAAACCUGAACCUGUACUCCACUGGGAGCCAGUGCAGCUGGAAAAGCACUGGGUGAAUAUGCUCCCAUGGCAGAGACCCCGUGAGGAGUCUCGCUGCAGCAUUCUGCACCCGCUGGAGUUUCUGGGACAGCUUCAAGGGUAGCCCCGCGUAGAGCGAAUUACAGUAGUCAAGCCUGGAGGUGACCGUUGCAUGGACCACUAGGGUGUAGACCAUCAUGGCUAGGCAACUCCAGGAAGGAUUUCAGUUGGCAAACCAGCCAUAGAUGGCAAUAGCUGUGGCUGCAUCCACCUGGGUUUCCAAUGUUGGUUCUGGGAGUAUGUUCACCCGAUUAUGCAGAGAUUUCCACUUUAGACUUCCCACAUAGGUUUGACACAGAAGCUGAUGGAGGUGUUGGGGGGUGAAGUUAGCAUGAAAAGCCCCUUUCUCUCUGUCUACAUGUAGGAGGAGGCAGGUGGAGCAAGUGAUCAGGGCUAUGUUGUCUAAACUUUCUAUUACUUGUAUAUAUCCAAGGCAGUUCUGGUGGAUACAAAAUUCCCUACAUUUCAGUUCUGUAUUCAAGCUGUGUACACACCAUACGCUUAAAGCACACAACUUCCUCUUAAAAAUCUGGGGAACUCUAGUUUAUUAUAAGGGUGGUAGAAAUUGGAGCUCCAUAGGAGAUAAACUAGGGAUGUGGGUGGUCCUGUGGGUUAAACCACAGAGCCUAGGACUUGCUGAUCAGAAGGUCGGCUGUUUGAAUCCCUGCGACGGGGUGAGCUCCCGUUGCUUGGUCCCUGCUUCUGCCAACCUAGCAGUUCGAAAGCACAUCAAAGUGCAAGUAGAUAAAUAGGUACCGCUCCUGCGGGAAGGUAAACAACAUUUCUGUGCGCUGCUCUGGUUUGCCAGAAGCAGCUUGGUCAUGGUGGCCACAUGACCCGGAAGCUGUACGCUGGCUCCCUCGGCCAAUAAAGCGAGAUGAGCGCCGCAACCCCAGAGUCGGUCACGACUGGACCUAAUGGUCAGGGGUCCCUUUACCUUUACCUAAGAGAUAAAUUUACAGUUCCCAGGAUUCUUUGAGGGCAGCAAUCUACUUCAAAUGUAUGGUGUGUACAGAACCUCUCAAAGCAGGACACUUUAUGUCAUCUGUAAUUCAGGGUUGGUACAGGGAUGGGAUAUCACAGGAUCAGUGCUGAAUUAUAUAGUUGUCAGGGGCUGGUGGGUAUAGCUUUCUGGAUUCAGAACUUUUGAGUUUAAUAGAUGGUUCACUUUGCUUCAAAGGUUAUAUGUUUACUGUGCUCUAACCUGAUCAUUUGGGUGUCUCUUGAAACCGCCACCAUUGCUUUUACUGCAGACAGUGUUUGCUUAUUUUUUUAAAAAGAGAGUUGAUAGUGGUGCGAGAGAGGUAUUAUUGCCUAUGGUGUGUGCAUUCAACUCACUGAGAUCUCUGGCAAACAGGCGCUACAGAGUAUUAUUGUAGUGUUUCAAAAACCAUCCAAACUUGUUUCACAAGAGGUGACCCCCCACCCCCCCUUAAAAAAUGGGUGGAUACAAAAUGGGCAAUGAUGCUUUGACUGUGCAUCAUGUUCUAUUAGGGUUGCCAUGUGUCCUCGUUUUCCAGGACAUGUCCUCUUUUUCAGGGGUGAAAUUUCUGUCUGGGUGGAUUUUUUUUUUUUGCCAAAAUGUCUCUGGCUAUACUUUCUGGAUGAGACGUAGACAUAAUGGGUGGCUGAAGACUUGCUUUCCUCUUCUUUUUUCCUGACUCCCUCAGCAAUAUAUCACAGCUACUAUAGGGACGUGGGUGGCACUGUGGGUUAAACCACAGAGCCUAGGACUUGCCGAUCAGAAGGUCAGUGGUUCAAAUCCCCAUGACGGUGUGAGCUCCCAUUGCUUGGUCCCUGCUCCUGCCAACCUAGCAGGUCGAAAGCACGUCAAAGUGCAAGUAGAUAAAUAGGUACCACUCCUGCGGGAAGGUAAACAGCAUUUCCGUGUGCUACUCUGGUUCACCAGAAGCGGCUUAGUCAUGCUAGCCACAUGACCACAUGAAGCUGUACGCUGGCUCCCUCAGCCAAUAAAGUGAGAUGAGCGCCGCAACCCCAGAGUCGGUCACGACUGGACCUAAUGGUCAGGGGUCCCUUUACCCUUUCACUAUAGCUUACAUGUCGUAGGGGUAUUUAGAAUGAGAGCCGUCACCGCAUACUCUUCUUUGCUCGUCAAAAUAUGGCAGACCUAUUAUAUUAUGCGUAUCCGUGGCUUACUUUUCAGGAAGACUUGGUGAACACUAUUGGUGAGAGUGCAGCCUUGGGGGCAGCAGGAGUUGUCCUGUGGGGAAGCAUGCAGUAUGCCAGUUCUAAUGUAAGUGAAUUUGGGUUAAGAAAAUGAGCUAAGUUUUGCAGGAAUUCUUGGGACACCCCCUCCUCCUAAACAUACCCCCAAUCCCCAAAAGAUGGCAGCAAAGAUAGCAGAUUCUUGCUAUUUCUAUGGCCCACAGAUCUGGGAAUGGCAAUAUGCAUUCCAAGAUUGGCCUUCCCAGGAAAAAGAUCUCCAAUGGUUUAGCUCAUGGGUAGGCAAACUAAGGCCUGGGGGCCAGAUCCGGCCCAAUCGCCUCCUCAAUCCGGCCCGUGGACGGACCAGGAAUCAACAUGAGUAGAAUGUGUACUUUUUUGCAUGAGUAGAAUGUGUACUUUUAUUUAAAAUGCAUCUCUGGGUUAUUUGUGGGGCAUAGGAAUUUGUUCAUUUUUUCCCUUCCAAAAUAUAGUUUGGUCCCCCACGAGGUUUGAGGGACAGUGGACCGGCCCUCCUGAAAAAGUUUGCUGACCCCUGGUAGCUCACACAAAUCCCCAAAUCAAAUUUAUUUUAUUUUAUUUGUUGGUACUGAUCCAAAGAUACACAGAAAUACAAACCCAUUACAAAGUACCUUUUUAUAAUAUACUGAGAUAAAAUGACUAAUUAACCUAAAAAAAAGAGCAAAGAAAAUACAAGAAAAUGAGAAAUCUAAAGAAGGAGAAAACAAAAAAGAAGGAAAAGUAAGGGGGAAAGAAAUAAAGAAAGAGUAGAAUAAAAGGAUUUCUGCUCUCUGCAGCUACAUAUAACAUUCAUUCUUUAGAACGCAACCAUUCUAUCUUCUAUAAGCUAGUAUUUUUUCAACCUUCAAAUCCAGAUAUUACAAGUUCAUUUUCUCUUUUAUGCAAAAAUCCAUAAGAAAUUUCCAAUCCUUAACAAAUGUUAUUAAUGGAUUUUCCUUUAAUUAAGCAUGUUGGUUUAGCCAUCUCAGCUAAGUCCAAUAAUUUUAUCAGCCAUUCUUCUGUAAGUGGGUAAGGCACACUCACACAUCAAAUUUAGAAUACAUCUGAACAGGACAAGCUCGGUGGCUCAUCUGACUGAGAGGUAAACCUAGAGAUUUGCAUGUGGUUGUUGUAUGCAUGCAUUUGGAAGAAUACGGUAUUCAUUUGGAAGAAUAGUAAAGAAACCAUGCAUUUGGAAGAAUAGUAAAGAAAAAGUGUUUUAUAUGUGUUAUAACACUGUGAUGCCAGGUGGCACUGUAGAGUUCCGUCUUUCACCAAUGUGAUUUCCCACUUUGAGGUUUACAACACGUUUUCCUGAAACGCUUUCCUGAUGUGUCUAGAUCCAGCCUAUAGCAACACUUGGGGUGUCAAAUGUAGAAUGCACGGGCUGUGCAACAUUUUGUGCUGAAGAACUCAAACCCAAAUUUUAAUUUUUUGGUAGAAUGUAAUAGAGAUAUUCUAGGGACGCGGGUGGCGCUGUGGGUUAAACCACAGAGCCUAGGACUUGCCAAUCAGAAGGUCGGCGGUUCAAAUCCCCGUGAUGGGGUGAGCUCCCAUUGUUCGGUCCCUGCUCCUGCCAACCUAGCAGUUUGAAAGCACUUCAAAGUGCAAGUAGAUAAAUAGGUACCACUCCAGCAGGAAGGUAAACGGCACUUCCGUGCGCUGCUCUGGUUUGCCAGAAGCAGCUUAGUCAUGCUGGCCACAUGACCCGGAAGCUGUAUGCCAGGUCCCUCGGCCAAUAAAGCGAGAUGAGCGCCGCAACCCCAGAGUCGGCCACGACUGGACCUAACGGUGAGGGGUCCCUUUACCGUUUUUUAAUAGAGAUAUUCUAAUGAAUGUACUCAUUUUGUGCAUGUGCGAUUUUGGCUUCAAAAAUCUGUGAUCUACCAAACCUAUUUAUGCUAGACUUUGAAUGGGGAAGCAAAGAGGAAGUUACUACUUGCCUAUAAGAGACUGGAGGAUGGGGAGAACCUGGUACUGGGAUUUGCAAAAAUCAGACCAAACACUUUCCUUACCCACACAUUUUGUCAUUGUCCUCUGUACUCCAGAAAUUUAGGAAUAAACAAACAAAGCUGAGAUUUUUGUGAUUCAAAGAACUUUCAUAAUCACUCAUGACUGAACCCAUUUCACAUCCCCCUGAACAAAUAUCUGCGCUAGUCAUUUAGACAAUACAGUGGUACCUUGGUUUUCGAACGAAAUCUGUUCUGGAAGCCCGUUUGACUUUUGAAACAUUUGAAAACUGAGGCACGGCUUCCCAUUGGUUGCAAGAGCUUUUUGCACUCGGUGGAAGCCAUGUCAAUGUUCAGGUUCCAAAAGACGUUCGAAAACCGAAACACUUACUUCUGUGUUUUUGGCUUUCGGGAGCCAAAAAGUAUGAUAAUGGAAGCGUUCAGGAACCAAGGUUUGACUGUAGUGCCAACUGCUUAGAGGUGGAAUCCUAUAGUUCCACUUACCUGGGAAUAAGAUCCAUUGCACUCAGUGUGACCUAUUUCUGAGAAGACAUCUAUAGGAUUGCUCUGUCUUUGUUUUCUUUUAGGACAGCUGUUUAACUGUGAAAAAGUACGUCGAUGGUCUCUUGGGACAUUACAUCAUGAAUGUGACCUCUGCGGCCAAGCUCUGCAGCAAAGUUCUCUGUAAGAAGAAUGGAAGAUGCAUUCGUAAAAACAGUGAAUCAGAUGCCUACCUGCACUUGUCUCCUGACAGUUUUAAGAUUUGGCUCAAUAUCUCUGAAACGGAGAGAAGAGUAGUUGUACAAGGAAAUCUGAAGCAGGAGGACAUGGAGGUCAUGAAAGAGAAAUUCAUCUGUCAGUGUUACCAAGGGUGGAUGGGGUUAUUUUGUGAACUGCCUACUCACCACAAAAAGCGGUGCAAACCUAAUUCAGUCUAA